AGGCGUGACUGGGGGUGGGAUUAGAGAUGGACACUCCCCCUGUGUGAUGUCAUUCUCUCCUGCCCGUAACUUGAUCACGUGCUGCUGGUGAAAUCACGACUUCCUCAUAGUGAGUCCAUUGUAGGCAGCAGUGAGUUGCGUCAGAGAGACUGCAAAGCUAUCUGGCCCACACAAUGGCGCAGUGGAACCAAUUGCAGCAGCUGGACACCAGAUACUUGGAGCAGUUACACCAGCUCUAUAGUGACAGCUUUCCAAUGGAGCUUCGGCAGUUCCUUGCCCCGUGGAUUGAGAGCCAAGACUGGGCAUUUGCGGCCAGUAAGGAGUCUCAUGCCACAUUGGUGUUUCACAAUCUCCUGGGGGAGAUAGACCAGCAAUACAGCCGAUUUCUGCAGGAAUCCAAUGUACUUUAUCAACACAACCUGCGACGGAUUAAACAGUUCUUGCAGAGUAGAUAUUUGGAGAAACCCAUGGAGAUUGCUCGAAUCGUAGCCAGGUGCCUGUGGGAAGAAGGGCGACUUCUCCAAACGGCUGCAGCUGCUGCACAGCAAGGUGGGCCGGCGUCACACCCCAAUGCAGCCGUGGUCACUGAAAAGCAGCAGAUGCUGGAGCAACAUUUACAGGACGUGCGGAAAAAAGUUCAGGACCUUGAGCAGAAGAUGAAAGUUGUUGAGAACCUUCAGGAUGACUUUGAUUUCAACUACAAAACUUUAAAAAGCCAAAGUGACCUUUCUGAGCUGAAUGGCAACAAUCAGUCGGUCACAAGGCAGAAGAUGCAACAGUUGGAGCAGAUGCUGACGGCAUUGGAUCAGCUGAGAAGAACUAUUAUUAGUGAUCUUGCGAGUCUCCUGUCAGCCAUGGAAUAUGUUCAGAAGACACUGACUGAUGAAGAGCUUGCUGAUUGGAAGAGAAGGCAGCAAAUUGCCUGCAUCGGUGGACCCCCAAAUAUUUGCCUUGAUCGACUUGAAAACUGGAUAACUUCCCUGGCAGAGUCCCAGCUGCAAAUCCGUCAACAGAUCAAAAAACUAGAGGAGCUACAGCAGAAAGUUUCCUAUAAGGGGGACCCCAUUGUUCAGCACCGACCCAUGCUGGAGGAGAGAAUUGUGGAAUUAUUUCGAAAUCUCAUGAAAAGUGCGUUUGUAGUGGAGAGGCAGCCGUGCAUGCCCAUGCAUCCUGACCGACCCCUCGUUAUCAAGACUGGAGUACAGUUUACUAACAAAGUCAGGCUGCUGGUGAAGUUCCCAGAGCUCAAUUACCAACUGAAAAUCAAAGUUUGCAUUGACAAGGAUUCGGGUGAUGUUGCUGCACUAAGAGGUUCCCGCAAGUUCAACAUCCUUGGUACAAACACCAAAGUUAUGAACAUGGAGGAAUCCAAUAACGGGAGCCUGUCUGCUGAGUUCAAACACUUGACUUUGAGAGAGCAGCGAUGUGGAAAUGGGGGAAGAGCAAACUGUGAUGCCUCCCUUAUAGUGACAGAAGAACUCCAUCUAAUCACAUUUGAAACUGAAGUUUAUCACCAGGGGCUGAAGAUUGACCUGGAGACUCAUUCCCUGCCUGUUGUGGUGAUUUCUAAUAUCUGUCAGAUGCCCAAUGCUUGGGCCUCUAUCCUGUGGUACAACAUGCUGACCAACAACCCAAAGAAUGUUAAUUUCUUUACCAAGCCCCCGAUUGGCACUUGGGAUCAGGUGGCAGAGGUGCUGAGCUGGCAGUUUUCCUCCACCACAAAACGAGGCCUAAGUAUUGAGCAACUAACCACACUGGCAGAGAAACUGUUGGGUCCGGGAGUCAACUAUUCCGGAUGCCAAAUCACCUGGGCCAAGUUCUGUAAAGAAAAUAUGGCUGGCAAAGGGUUUUCCUUCUGGGUUUGGCUGGACAACAUCAUUGACCUUGUGAAGAAAUAUAUCUUGGCCCUUUGGAAUGAAGGGUAUAUUAUGGGCUUCAUCAGCAAAGAGCGUGAGCGAGCUAUUCUGAGUACCAAACCCCCAGGAACUUUCCUGCUGAGAUUCAGUGAAAGCAGCAAGGAGGGAGGCAUCACCUUCACCUGGGUAGAGAAGGACAUCAGUGGUAAGACUCAGAUUCAAUCAGUGGAACCCUACACCAAGCAACAACUAAACAACAUGUCAUUUGCUGAAAUUAUUAUGGGAUAUAAAAUCAUGGACGCUACCAAUAUCCUGGUGUCCCCUUUGGUUUACCUGUAUCCUGAUAUUCCUAAAGAGGAAGCCUUUGGAAAAUACUGCCGCCCAGAGAGCCAGGAGCACCAGGAGCCCACAGACCCAGGCACUGCUCCAUAUCUAAAGACCAAGUUUAUCUGCGUUACCCCGACAACAUGUAGUAGCACACUAGAUUUGCCAAUGUCUCCUCGGACUUUGGAUUCUCUGAUGCAGUUUCCAGGGGAAGGGGCAGACUCCAGCGCUGGAAACCAGUUUGAGACCCUCACAUUUGAUAUGGAGCUUACAUCUGAAUGUGCAUCUUCUCCCAUGUGACCUGCUUCUUCUCUUCAUUUGUCCUAUGUUUCUCCGUUGCCAACUUAGGUUAGCAUGUAAAAUGCCUUUUCCAGCCUUCACUUUGGACUUGCUGCCAACAGUCAACAAUUGCAGCCAUUUCUAUGUUAGCUACACUGAUUGAUGCCAGAGGCACCUGUAAUACAUUGUAAUUGUGCAGAGCGGAGAAGGGAGAUGUGCGUAUCAAUUUGCAGCAGUAUAAACUAUUAUUUUGUUUUUCUAUAUUUCCGUUUAUUCACAGUAGAAGCUCUCAGAGUAUGCUGAAUUACUCAUUUAUUUGGGCAAAGGGGGAAGUAUUGCUUCUAGUGGCAACACAUACAAUAUAUUUGAUUUUUGAGCUAAUAAAACAUUUUGGGGGGAAAAACAUGCACAAAGAUUGCAGCUGAAACAUUUGCUUGAUUUAAUCCGACUCUUGUCUCUCCAUUGGAACCCACAGUAAGCAAGUGCUGCAGAUAAAGUGCUCAUGUUAGAAAUGCAGUCACCGUUGAAUGAAACUUUCCCAGAAUUGGCAGCUGGGCUGUAGAAAAGCAAUGGUGACACUUUAAUCCCCUAUAAGGAAAUCUAGGAGAUAAUGUGAGCUGUGUAGAAUACUCUUUUCCAAUGAAAGCUUUCAGGGAUGAGAAAAGAGCAACCUGCAAGUUCCCAUUCAGUAAACAUGCUCGUUCUAUCAACAAAAGUAUCUGUAUAUUAAUAUUUUACUGUAUCUAUUUAUAAUUUCUUAAAGGUGCAAUCAUUGGUGGUGUCGAGAAAUACACACAUUUUUAUUGUUACAUGAAACUAACUUUUGUAUGCAUGUCUUCAGAUCCGCUUGUUUGUUUUUCAGCUGCAAGGUUACAUUUGUGGGAAAGUGUUGGAUACUGUCAUUUCCCAAAAUGAUUGAACCACAUUUACGAUGUAUAUAACAAAUAUCAUUGUAGUGCAUCUAUUACCCAGCUAUGCAAAGGCUUUCUGUCAGAGCUGCCAUUUUUUUUCUUGUUAUAUUUCUUAAUUCUGCUUUAUUGUUAUUUACCCAUGUGGAGAGAGCACCACAGUGUGCAUAAAGCCCCAUAUGUAACAUACAAUGUGAUACAAUGUGUCCCUCCAUAUAGUGCUGGAAGGCUGCUAGGUUCGUUUUUUUUUUAAGUGUCCUUUCUUUUAGGUGCCUUUUAAGGAGAAGGAAAGGCUUACUGACUGGGGGGUGCAAUUAUGCACCCCCAGUGAUUAUAAUGGGCGUCUUUUGAGAUUAGCAAUUCUAAGACAUUGGGACCCUUCAUAGUGAUUAAGCCAUUCCUUGUCCUUUAUACUACAAGGGUGUCCCUAUCUGGUACCCUAGGCUGAGCCAGGAGUGGGAGAGAGUAACCUCAGGCUCUUGGGAGUGAUCAGGGAGUGUGAUAGUAAACAGACAGCCUUCAUAUUACUGCUUAUAUCACUUCUUGUAGAGCCCCCUACUGACUAUCGCAUUACUCAUGAAUUGGAAGUUUAGCACUUUUGCAGCCUUUUUUGAAGGUUUUUAGAUGCUGCAGGAAAGCCAUUGCGUUGCUGCAUUCCCUGUAUAUAUUGCACUGCUUUAAACAAAGAUAAAUGUGUAACUCCUCUGUUUCCACUUCAGAAUGAUAUUAUUGGAAGAGCUCUUUCCCUUGGAACAGAAUCCGAGCCAAUAAUUAUUGAUAUAGAAAGAGAGAGGGGACAAGGGGCAUCAAGCAUUGGGCAGUGCAGGGCUUCUCAGACCAAAGAAAUUUGUAAAACUUAAAAAACGACAGAAAUAAUGCAUGCCAUUUACACAGCUUACAGAAUAAGCAGGACAUACACUACAAUUUACCCAUUUUUAUCAAAGUGAUCCAUUUCAUAUUCCAGCUAAACUGUCAAUGUGGCAUAUGGCAGUGAUGGGACGUGAAUAACACUGGCUCAGGGGAAUGUUCCUUCUAUCAGAUUUGUUCAGUCCAACUUACUGUUUGUUGCUAUGCAAUCUUAUUGGUUUAUUUUUAUAGCUCCCAACCACACGUGUCCCUUUAACAGAAUUACUUCUUCCUCCAAGCCUUAAAGAAGCAGCUUUCUAAAAGUUUUUCACGGAAAGCCGAAACGGUUUGAUUUUCCCAUUUGACGGAUUUAAUAUCUGAUGGUUACUGCUUCACCAACAGUUUCAGGUUUCUAUUUUCAUGAAGGAUUAGGAUGGGUGAUGGUGCUCAGUGCUUAUGUUGAGAGGCACUCAGCACUAACAUCCAGUAGAGCAGAAUGGCAUGUGACUGCUCAUAACAACACGUCCUGCUGGCUUGACAUGAGCAAUUAAAACUUCUUGACAGGAAUGUUGACUAAACCAUAACAUAGAUGAAGACUGCUGUGGUUCCUUCAGGACUUCCCAAUUUGGUCAACAAGUUUCCUUGACCCCAAAAAUCUGUAUUUUAAAGUGACGGUGUGCGUGUUUACGUCUUUUCCUAACUAUGCAUUCCCCUUAUACAGCAGGUUAUCUUUAAUCGUUUCUAAGCUUUGUACCUUUCUUAGUGGAAUUUCUUUUUCUAUCUGUUUCUACAAAUCUUUAUCCUGAUGCUGCCUAAUUGGCAACUGUAGAUAAAGUAUUAUUGGCCAACACAUGUUUUGCCACAGCCUAGAAAUUUCAUAUAAAAUGUGUCUGCUCUAUAUUCUGCAGCUUUCUGGGAUUAUUAUGAUCUCUAGCGCCAUCACAUGUUCUAAAGUGGCAUAGGGAAAACAACCAGUAUUAUAAUUUUGUUGUUCUGUAACCAGUUAUGCAAUGUUCUACAUCAGUAUUUUAUUGACUGUGUCUAAUGUGUUCCUGUGUAAACUGCUUAUAAUAAAAUUCUUAAUAAAUAAAGGCCUAAAACACA